UCGAGACCAACCUUGAACAUUCUCGCGCAUUCGACCCGUGAACGACUAGGAGUUUUUUGUUCAUUCUCUCUGGGGGUGCGCGUGCGAGUCCGACUUCGACCACACGUGCCAGACACAUGAGGACUGGCCCGGCCGCCGGGCUGAUCUCUGCCACCGGCUGGAUCUGCAAAUCAUGCCGUGCCCAUCAAGCAGAACCCCAUCGUCUGCGAGUUAGUCCUAGACCUUCGCGGACCGGCAGCCUCGUCCAGGCUCGCAAAUCGUCCUCGUCUUAUUCUGUCUCGUCUAGUGGUUCCACUCCCGGCCGCCGAGGAAAGUUGCCAGACAGACCCGCUCGAACACGGUUUGCGCCAUCGCCGACAGGAAACCUGCACCUUGGAUCGAUUCGAACAGCACUGUUCAAUUAUCUCCUGGCACGGGCAACACAAGGGCAAUUCCUCCUUCGGAUCGAAGACACAGAUGCCAAACGAACCAUCCCGGGCGCCGAAGAAGGACUCUACCGCGACCUACAGUGGGCGGGACUGCAAUGGGACGAAGGGCCUCUGGUAGGCGGUCCAUACGGACCAUACCGACAAUCGGAACGAUUACCCCUGUACAAAAAGCACAUUGAGACUCUACUCUCGACAGGUCGGGCAUACCGAUGUUUCUGUACGCCGGAGCGACUGGAUGAAUUGAACCGACGUCGGCACGAGAAGGGACUCAACCUGGGUUACGACCGCAAAUGCCUUCAAAUACCGACUGGAGAGGCGGAAAAUCGAGCAUCGCGCGGCGAGCAGCAUGUCAUUCGGUUUCUCUCGCCGCCCGAUUGGCCGAGAUAUACUGACUUGGUAUACGGGCGAAGCGGGCACGGGGCCGAAAAGACCAAGAAGCUGCUCGUUGACGAGCCGGUGUACGAAGACACGAUCCUGAUCAAAUCCGACGGGUUCCCGACCUACCAUUGGGCGAAUGUCUGCGACGACCAUGAAAUGCACAUCACGCACGUCGUGCGCGGCUCUGAAUGGAUGGCGUCAACACCCUUACACGUCGCGCUGUACCAGUCUCUGAGAUGGGAUGCGCCGCAGUUCGCACACGUGCCGCUUCUCGUCGACCAGAACCGCCAGAAGCUGAGUAAACGCAACUUCGACUCGGACAUUGCCAGUUUCCGCAACAAAGGCAUCUUCCCGGAAGCCCUGGUCAACUUUGCCGCCCUGCUGGGCUGGUCGCACACGCAGAAGAACGACGUGCUGAACCUUCAACAGCUCGAGAAGCUGUUCGAUCUCAAGAUCACAAAGGGGAACACUAUUGUUUCGUUCGACAAGCUGCAGUACCUGCAAAUCAAGCAUGCACGCCGCAGGGUCGAGGCCGCCGGCGAGCCCUUUGAGCAAAUGAUCCGCGAAGUCGCUGUCGCCGUGUUGGAGAGGUACGGCGCCGCCCGAGUCUCUGGGUUUCUGGGCCGACGGUCUCUUCGCGACGUAUUGGCGACGAUCCUCAAAGUUCCUUCUUUACCGUACCGGUCGGCCACCGACUUCGCGGAGAACCAGUGUUCCAUAUUCUUUGAGCCUGCGGCAACGACGCCAGAACAGCUCGACCAGUUCGACUUCGAUCCUGCCCAUCUGCAUGCUCUGCGCGUCGCGGCCUCCACGCUCUGCUUGAUUCCCGAAUCCCAAUGGUCCGAACAGGUCCACCACUCCCAGCUGCGGAUGCUAGAAUACCAGGUCCCAAUAGCGGAGACUGACGGAACAACAACAACAACAACCGUUGAAGAUGUCGCUGGUGCUACUGCUGCUACUGCAGCAAAAUGGAAACGCGAUCUAUACCACUAUCUCCGCUGGGCGUUGUUAGGCGGUGCCCGCGGGCCCGGCAUCGCCGCGACAUUGGAGAUUCUCGGCCGUGAGGCGUCCGUGGCCCGAAUCCAGGCCGCGAACCGUCUGGCUCAGCAGUAUGAAGCUGUAAAAACCAAACCUGUCAUUGAGGCCCAGGCGUUCAAGGGUGAUGUCGAGGGCAAGAGACGUCUGGAUAAGCAGUGGAAGGGAUAUUCGAUGGCUGGAGCUGGAGCUGCUAGUAAAGCAGUUGCUGCUUGAUGCACUGGCACUACCAUUAGUACAGUUACUGUUGUCGGCGUCGGUGUUGAUACUGAUGAUGGUGCUGCUCCACCUGCAUAAUGUCAUCAUAUUGUUCCAAAUUGGUCUCUGGGUCCAAAAUACCUAGGUACGCAGGCUGUACGUUGACUACUCAGUGGUCCCUGGUACUAUGCGUAGUACUACUAUGUACCGUUGUAGGUACCUUAUAUCAAGUACUACAGUAUACUGAUAUACCCCGAGUCUCUUCUGAAACUGAACGGGAUUUUGUUUAAUCGUUCCAAAACUUCUCAUGACCAGAGAAAUCAAUACCAGGAUAAAAUCCCCCUCACGGUCGGAUUGGAAUCGAACCACUCAGAAUUCUGUUGCAUUUCUUCUCA